AUGUCUGCUGUCGUGGAGAAAAUCACUGACGCUGCUGCCGCCGCCGUCAACGACGUUACCAACGCUCUGGCCAACACCUCUCUGACUGGCAACAAGUCCGCUGACGAGAAGCCCGCCGCCAACGAUGCUGUCCUUGCCAGCGCUGCCGAAGGUCGCCGCCUCUACAUCGGCAAUCUUGCCUAUGCGACAACGGAGGGGGAGUUGAAAGAAUUCUUCAAGGGCUACCUUGUUGAGUCUGUUUCCAUUCCCAAGAACCCUCGCACCGACCGCCCCGUCGGCUACGCCUUCGUCGACCUCUCUACCCCUAGCGAGGCUGAGCGUGCCAUCGCUGAGCUCUCCGGCAAGGAGAUCCUCGAGCGCAAGGUCUCCGUCCAGCUCGCUCGCAAGCCCGAGUCUAACGAGAAGGCCGAGGGUGCCAACGGUGAGGGCCAUGAGGGCACUCGCCGCCGCCAGUCCACUCGUGGCCGCGGUCGCGCCGGUCGUGGCCGUGGCGGACGCGCUCGUGGCGAUCGUGGCGAGAAGAAGGAGGAGGGUGCCGAGGGCUCCACUUCCCCUGCUACCGAGGCUCUGAAGGACAUCACCAACGAGACUCACAACAGCGACAACAAGGCCAGCAAGCCCCACAACCGCUCUCCCCGUGAGCGCCGCGAGCGCGGCCCCCCGGCUGACGGUAUUCCUUCCAAGACCAAGGUUAUGGUCGCCAACCUCCCCUACGACCUGACCGAGGAGAAGCUUAAGGAACUUUUUGCUGCCUACCAGCCUUCCUCCGCGAAGAUUGCUCUUCGCCCCAUCCCCCGCUUCAUGAUUAAGAAGCUUCAGGCCCGGGGUGAGCCCCGCAAGGGCCGUGGCUUCGGCUUCGUUACCCUUGCCUCGGAGGAGCUCCAGCAGAAGGCUGUUGCUGAGAUGAACGGCAAGGAGAUCGAGGGCCGCGAGAUCGCUGUCAAGGUCGCCAUCGAUAGCCCCGACAAGACCGACGAGGAGGCCAACGAACCCGAGGGCGAGGCCCAGACCCAGGCCCCCACCAACGGCACUACCGAGCAGGCUGGCGCUGCUGUCACUGCCUCUGCUUAA